CUCUCUCUCUCUCUCUCUCUCUCUCUCCGGCGACAAUGUCCGGACGCGGCCGAGGCCGGCAUCAUUCCGACGCUCGCUCUAACCCCUCGCACGGCGGAGGCGGCAGGGGACGCGGCAGAGGAGGUUCCAGCGGCGGAGCAAGUUCAGGCGCCGUUGCUUCGGCACCGCCUCAAAAUCCUACUCCUUAUCCUCCGCCACCGGCGUCAUCAAGUUCGACUCCGGCGGCUUCUUCGCUGAGUAGCGACAUGGAGCAGAAGUUGACACUGGUGUCGUCAACUACGAAUACGUCGGCGGCCGUGGCUGUUGUGCCGCCGUCGUCGUCGAAGGCGGUGAAGCCUCCGCCGCAGAGGCCGGGGUUCGGGACGGCCGGGAAGAAAAUUCAGGUCAGGGCCAACCACUUCCUGGUGCAGGUUGCAGAGAGAGACCUCCACCACUACGAUGUAAGCAUUAGCCCAGAAGUGACAUCGAAAAAGAUUCACAGGGAUGUGAUAAACCAGUUGGUUCAUUUGUAUUCCGAGACGCAUUUAGGGAAGAGGAUUCCGGCUUAUGAUGGCAUGAAGAGCCUCUAUACCGGAGGUCCAUUGCCGUUUUCUUCCAAGGAGUUUGUUGUUAAAUUGGUUCCAAAGGAUACAGGCUCAUCAAGUUCGAAUAGUCUCAAAAAGGAUCGAGAGUUUAGGGUGGUACUCACUUUGGUCAACAAGCCAGACCUUUAUCAACUGCAACAGUUUUUGCGCAGCCGGAGUGUUGAAAUGCCUCAAAAGGCUAUACAAGUCCUUGAUGUUGCUCUGAGAGCUACACCAUCAGAGAAGUACACUGUUAUCGAGAGGUCAUUUUUCUCCCCUGAGCUUGGUGAAAAGGGCAGUCUAGGUGAAGGUUUGGAAUACUGGAAAGGGUUUUACCAAAGCUUACGCCCAACACAGCUAGGACUUUCUUUUAAUAUUGAUGUGUCAGCCCGAUCUUUCUUCGAACCCAUUUUGGUGAAUGAGUUUCUCGCUAGGUAUUUUAACUAUACUGAUCGUUCCAGGCCUUUGCCUGAUCGUGAUUGUAUGAAGGUGAAAAGAUCAUUGAAGCGGAUCAAAGUAGAAGUUAUUUUAAUGGACUGGACCAAAAACAAAGAAGUUAAGAGAACUUACACAAUCAAUGGACUAUCUGCAGAACCCUUGGGUCAGUUAAAAUUUACCUGUGAAGGUGAGGACACAUCAGUUGUUCAAUAUUAUCGUAAGAAGUACAACAUUGAUCUCAAAUAUGGAGCUUGGCCUGCCAUUCAAGCUGGCAAUGAUUCAAAAUCUAUAUACUUGCCUAUGGAGCUUUGCAAAAUUGUUGCUGGGCAGAGAUACACAAAGAAACUGAAUCAAAGACAAGUCACUAACCUACUAAGAGCAACAUGUCAACGUCCUCGGAACAGGCAAAAUGAUAUAAUAGAGAUGAAUAGGAAGAAAACCAACAAUAGAGAUGAUAAAGAAUUUCUUAUAAGAAAGGAAUUUGGAUUACAAGUGAGAGAGGAAAUGACAUUGGUUAAUGCACGAGUUUUACCACCUCCUUUGCUCAAAUACCAUGACAGUGGACGUGAAACAAGUGUUUAUCCCCAGAUGGGGCAGUGGAACAUGACGAACAAGAAAAUGGUCAAUGGUGCAAGAUUGCAAUUUUGGGCAUUUGUCAAUUUCUCCAGACUAUCCCAUGAUGUUACUUUCCAAUUUCUUGACUCCUUGGUCAAUGUGUGUAAUAGUAAGGGGAUGGAAUUUUCCCCCCAACCCUUGCUUCCAGUACAGUCAUCUCAUCCUGGACAAAUUGAGAAGGUACUCAGGGAUAUUCACAAGAUGUCUGCUCAGAAGAGAAAGCAACUUCAGUUAUUAAUUGUCAUUUUGCCUGAUUUCGGCGAUUCAUCUUAUGGGAAGAUUAAACGAACCUGUGAAACCGAAUUAGGAAUUGUGUCUCAGUGUUGUGAACCCAAGAAAGUACAAAAGCUCAACUCACAAUAUCUGGAAAAUCUUGCACUUAAGAUCAAUGUGAAGGCAGGUGGACGAAACACUGUUUUGAAUGAUGCAAUUUGCAAAAAGAUGCCUGUUGUGACCGAUCGCCUCCCUACAAUUAUCUUUGGAGCAGAUGUUACUCAUGCAGCAGCCGGGGAUGACAGUAGUCCAUCAGUAGCAGCAGUCGUGGCCUCAACAGAUUGGCCAGAGGUCACAAACUAUAGAGCAAUUGUCUCAGCGCAGCCCCGUGAUGAAAUAAUCAAAGAUCUUUAUAAAUUGCACAAAUCUGAGAAGGGGGGUUUGGUUCACGGAGGAAUGAUAAGGGAACUUUUCUUUGCAUUCUACAAACAAAAGAGAUUAAAGCCGUCGAGAAUUAUAUUUUACAGGGACGGGGUGGGUGAAAGCCAAUUCAGCCAAGUUUUGCUACAUGAGAUUGAUGCUAUAAGAAAGGCUUGUGCUUCUUUGGAGGACGGAUACAUGCCACCAAUUACGUUUGUGGUGGUACAGAAAAGGCAUCACACUCGCCUGUUCCCUGCUGAUCAUAACAAUCGUGGUCUGAUGGAUAGGAGUGGAAAUAUCCAACCAGGUACUGUUGUCGACACUGAGAUUUGCCACCCUACUGAAUUUGACUUUUAUCUCAAUAGUCACGCCGGAAUCCAGGGAACAAGCCGGCCAGCACACUACCAUGUGUUGUUAGAUGAAAACAGAUUCACUGGCGAUGGUUUGCAAGUUUUAACAAACAAUUUAUGCUAUACGUAUGCAAGGUGUACACGAUCGGUCUCAAUAGUGCCUCCCGCGUACUAUGCUCACUUGGUAGCUUUUCGAGCACGGCAUUACAUUGACAGUGACUCAUCGGAUGCUGGUUCUAUAACUGGCGGGGGUGCACAUGUUAUCCGAGCCCUUCCGGAGAUCAAAGAAAAUGUGAAAGAUGUCAUGUUUUAUUGCUGAUCGAUAAUAAUUGCUACUAAU